GAAAAACAAAAAUCCAAUCAUUUAAGUACGCGGCGAGUCUGGGAGCUCACGAGAAUGUUGCUUCCGACCUGUUUUCUGUUUGGCGUCCUGCACCUGACCCCAUUAGUGCAGGCCGUAGGGUUUCCGCCACUGGACGACGCGCGAGUGAAGCAGGUAUUUGGCUGGAAGCAGAUCGAUUUUAAAUAUGCUAGCCCCAAGGCACGGGCAGAGGCCAUCAGCAGCGGCGAAUUCAACCCUUCUGACGUGCAUGUCGCUGGAGUCCAUGUGGCUGGUAACCGCGUCUUCCUCUCCAUGCCUCGCUGGAAACCCAAGGGCAUUCCCGCGACUCUGGCGUUCGUCGAGUACCCCUCCAGGGACGCUGCGCCCCCGCUUACCCCCUACCCUGACUGGGCCUCUCAAAAGGUGGGCCAAUGCCAGGGCUUGACCUCGGUGUUCAGGGUCACAACAGAUGAGUGCGGAAGGCUGUGGGUCCUCGACACAGGCAUAGCAAGUUCCAUUCAGCACGAGUACACUAGAGUCUGUCCUGCCAAGGUGCUCACCUUUGACCUCAAAACAGACAAACUUGUCAACACCUUCAUCCUAAAAGACGAAGAAGCUGUGAGAAACGAGUCGUUGCCUGUUAACAUCAAGGUGGAGUAUCCAAAGGGCACCUGCGGCUCGCCAAAAGACGCGUUCCUUUACAUUGCAGACACUGCCUCCUUUGCGAUAAUCGUUGCUGAUUUGUCUUCUGGCCAGUCGUGGCGAAUCAUUCAGAAAACCGUUCUCCCCGAUCCAGAAGCAAGCACUUUCCACGUUGGAAAAGAAACCUUUGAAAUGAUGAACGGAGUUAUGGGAAUGGCCCUAAGUACCCCUUGGAAAGGCGAUCGAACAUUAUUUUUUUCGUCAAUGAGCUCAUUCAAACAGCACUGGGUGAAAACGUCCGUUCUUCGCAACAAGGACUCUGUCUUGAGCCCUCCACGCGAUGCUUUCAAAACCGGGUCCCUGCCGCGAACCAGCCAAACAGGCACCUACGCCAUGGAUAAGAAUGGUGUGCUGUUUUUUGGGCUGCUAAACUCGAAUGCCCUCGUUUGUUGGAACUCUCGCCGCAACCCCUACGAAAGUAGGUUCUUCGGCGUCUUGGCGCAGGACAAAAUGGCGAUGAAGUUCCUCGCAGAAGUAACGAUUGAUGAAACUGGGCGCCUCUGGGCUAUUUCUUCAGGCAUACAGAAGUAUUUCUCAGAAAAAAUGAACCCCAAUGAGAUCAGCACUCGCAUUUUUAUGAGCGAAAGCACUGAAAUUGCAGUCAAGGGAACCGUUUGUGAGAAUGUCGAAAUUAAGAAGAAAAAGACCUACAAGAGGAGCAGAUAUAAUGAUCUUUGAUGCCCGACGUUUGUAAACAAUUUCGAUAUGAAUCAUCCCACCAAUAAAUAUCCAGAAAAUUAAUAUUCAAA